GACAAGGGAUAUAUAGGAGGGGCAUAUGUGUCCAGCAAUAGAUAAUUACAUACACAGGCAUCCAUAUAUGUAGCAAACAACAUAGCAACAUCAUUCCGCCACACUCUCCUUCAGUCUUUUUCUCUGGAUCCUUCAAGAUAGCUGCAGAUAACCCAACACACACACACACAGGGGCAUCGGCACACAUCAAUUUUCUGCAGGUACUUCUUGGUUGUUGGCCGCCACCACUUCCUCCAUUCUCUUCCUCUUGUUUUUCCAUCUCCAAGGAGUUUGCAACUAGCUUUUCUUGGUUGGCUAUGGACAGCAUAGCUUUACUUUUUGUUCUUGCCCUUUGCCUUACUUGUUCUUCAGCUUGUGCUUUGAGCUGGUCUAAUCAAAUCAUCCUGAGCUUCAGCGUCUGCUAGCUGCCGGUCUGCGUUGCACUGUUGCAAGCCUACCGAUCUGUCUUUGAUUUGCAUCUACCUGAGCCUCACAUGCAUGUGAUUGAUUGAUUGCCUGCCUUGUCUUCAGCUUUAGCUGCUGAUGAGCCCAUCCUGCUUGGAGCCAAAACCACUUGGUUGCACACUUGCAGUAGUAUAUAGUAGCAUGCGGCGGCGGCGGCCGCCAGCAGCAGCUUGAAUUGCAUCGAUUCAGCUUCACUUUGCCUCUUUUUUUUUGAUCUUAUAUAUCAGAAUCGUCGUCUGGAUUUCGAUUCCUCUCCAUCCCAUCUCGUCAGAUUCAGAUGCCUUCUAGGAGUAUUUAUCUUCUUAUUAUUAGCAUCACGAUUUGUUCACGCAGCAGCAGCACGACGAGAAAGCAGGAUUGAUAUACUGAUCUGAUAGAUGAUGGAUCGACAUAUGGAGGACGACUCGAGCACGUUCCUCCAGUGGGCAAUGAACCAUCUCCAGCACCCGGCCGCCGCCACCGCGGUUUCCGCCGCAUACCAGCAGCAGGACGGCGGCGCCGGUGUUGGUGUCCGCAUCAGCGGCGGCGCCGGAGACCAGGAGGACUCCGCCGCCGCCUUCCCGUCGCUCCAGGCGCUCCGCGCAUCCCAGCCACAGGCCGUGCCCGGCAGCGUCCGAGUCCGGAACCUGACGGUGCAGGUGGCUGACUACGGCCUGACCAACAGCAGCAGCUCCGGCGACAGCCCCGGCGCAGCCAUGGACCACGACGCGGCGGCCGGGUGGUCCCCCCACACCGCGCGCUCCAGGACCACGGGCCUCGGCGGCGGCAGCAACAGCAGGCCGGUCAGCUGGAACUUCAGCGCCGCGUCUGCGCAGCCAGCGGACGACCGCGGCGCCGUCGGCGUCGCGCUGCCGGACGCCCCGGCGGCGGUCGCGAGGGCGCAACAACGUGCUGCGUCGUCUGCGGGGAGGAGAGGGGGCGGCGCGGGCCCAUCCACUGCUGCUGCGCCGGCAUCGUCGCCGGGGCCGGUGCAGGACCACAUCAUCGCCGAGAGACGGCGCAGGGAGAAGAUCAACCAGCGCUUUAUCGAGCUCUCCACCGUCAUCCCCGGCCUCAAAAAGAUGGACAAGGCGACCAUCCUUGGGGACGCGGUGAAGUACGUGAGGGAGCUGCAGGAGAAGGUGAAGGGGCUCGAGGAGGAAGGAGGCGCCGGUGGCAGCGGCGGCAUCCAGUCGGCGGUGCUCGUCAAGAAGCAGCUGCCGCCGGAGGACGACGCCAUGGCGAGCAGCCAUGGCGGUAGCGGCGACCACGGUGGCGAUGGCGGCGGUAUGCCGCUCCCGGAGAUCGAGGCACGGCUGUCGGAGAGGAGCGUGCUGCUGCUGCGGAUCCACUGCUACAGCGCCAGGGGGCUGCUGGUGAGGGUGAUCUCGGAGGUGGAGCAGAUGCAGCUGUCCAUCACCCACACCAACGUCAUGCCCUUCCCGGCCUCUACCGCCAUUAUCACCAUCACGGCCAAGGUGCUAGCUAGCUGCUGCCUCAAGGAACCCCACACGCAUACAUAUCUACGCAUGGGCCAUCUCUUGAGGGAUCCAUGCAUAAUAAAUGUACAUAAGUAAACACAGAGAUUAUAAGAAUACAUAUUAUUAAUAAUAACGAUAAGGUUAACCUGUAUAUAUGCAUGGAUCGACCAAAACACAUCGUGGGUCCAUAUUAUUUUAUUGUUGAGAGAUAUGUAUAUGUGUUUAAGUCUUAUUAAAGACAGUUUCUCUAGCACCGAUAUAAAUGCUAGGCUCAUUAUAUUGGAAGUGAUUUGGAUAA